GAGGCAUAAACGCGAUCAGCGUAAACAUCAACGUUCAGGAAAGAUGGCGUCCUUCAGGUGCAUACUGGCGAAGUUCCCGCAAGCGAGUUUCCUCAAAGUUCUAACCAACACUAACGUUCCCCGGGCUGCCGCCAGCACGUUACGUUACCGUCACUUCUCGUCACAUAAGGACGUUCUUCAGCAGUCCCCUUCACACUGCCUCGGAGGUAGUGUAACUCCAUCACAUGCACUAUGUGCACCUCUCAUCAAUUCGAAAAGGUCCUGUGCUAGUCGGAGCGGUAAUCAAGACCAAGACUUGAUGAACUGUCCACGCAUCGUCUGGCCGAGCUUCUUUCUGACGCUGAAGAACUGGAUUCAGGCUACCUUCAUCAUCAAACCGUACUUGGACAGGAGCUACAACCAGACGGAGUUUUUGAAUGGAGCUAAACAGGCGUUAACGUACGUCUCUGCCCUGGUGGCCAGAGGAGACUUCAAGUCCUUGGAAGGCCUGGUUGCCAGCCCUACCAUUUCCGAAGUGCAGAGGAACUAUUCCCGCUUCACCGAAGAGCAACGUCAGAAGCUGUCCGUGGAGCUCACAGACAUUUACUUCUGUUUCCUGUACCAGAUUGGCAUCAUAAUGGACGACAGGAACGACCAGAGGUUCGUCGAAGCAACCGUCGUCUACCAUUACAUGCCCGGUCUGGAAAGGAUACGACAGUCACCUUCGCUGCCAGACGAGACCAUGGAGCAGGUCCGGAGUAGGGUGCACGUCGCCAACUACAGGUUCAUCCGCGAAUACACCAAGGGUGUGCAAGGCGACUGGACGAUCAACCAGCUGAAUCACUUCAAGCUGGGACCGUGACCGCCCCCUGUACGCAGAACUUUGAACGCAGGUCGAUAGCAGACCCGUUUUCUCCCAUACCUACACGUAACCGCGGUGCCCCGAAGGCGUCUCCAGCCAGCGUGUUUAGCAUCUUGUCCCGAGGCAGAAACCGACGAUGUCGCAGAAGCCAGAGCGUCAUGCCGUUGGACGUCGCGGUCCCGGCGGCAGGCCGUGAACGGUGAAAAGCACAAGCGAAUGCAUCCAUUCGACGACAACGCUCCUGUCGUUGUCGUCGACGGGUGCUGCGGAGACAAGUGAACGCGCAAGCGUCGUUGCGCCGUCCCGACCUUUGGCUGCCGAAGCCUCCGUGGACUGUCCCAAUGGAGAGAGAAACCUGCGUUGGAACGGAUGUCUCCCACAUCCAGCACCACCACUGAGACGCCGCCGGGACCACGACCGGUAACACUUCUAAGACGACGCCAAGCAGAAAUUGAGGGACCGCUAUUUUUGGACGCAGUAAACACGCCAGAGUCUGAGACGCAUUCACGGCACUGCAACGUAACGGCGCCUGCGGCAUAAAUUGUCGGCAGGCUUUCUUCAGAGACACUGUAAAUUGAUGCACUCCGUCCGACGAAUAAGCGUCGAAUAAAAAAAUUGAGUUGUCAAAAGAACAAUGUUUUUUUCCAA